UUGCUCAUUUCCCAGAAACCUUGUUUCAUUCAGCUGCUUCGUGUGCGAUCGCGAGAAGAAAGGAAAAAAACAAAAAAUAGGGUUUAUAACUUCCGUACAUCAUUGAUCUAGGUUUGCUUUCUAUUCGAGUUUAGUAAAAAAGGACAUUGAUUCGAAGAACAAGACAUCAGUUGUAGGUUGUAGCUUGCAAGUAUGAGUUCAUCAUGGGCUGAUGUUUCUGAAUCGGAGAGACCACCACCAUCUGGUUGGGGUGGAGGUGGUUACGGUGACUCUCGUCCGUCCAGAACCAACUACGUUCCUCCGCAUCUUAGGAGCCGUCCAGCGUCUUCAGACUUUGCUGCUCCUUCACAUGGUAACGAGCGUGGGGGAUGCGGUGGUAGAGGAGGUCGUGGCUCAGGCUAUGUAGGUAGAGGAGGAGGUGGUGGUGGUGGUUGGAGUAACAGAAGUGGAGUUUGGGACCGUAGGGACACUGAAACGAACCCGUUUGGUAACGAUGGCAAUGCAGAGCCGCCGGCUGUUAACGAGCUGGAGAACAACACAGGCAUCAACUUUGAAGCGUAUGAAGAUAUUCCCAUCGAGACGAGUGGGGAUAAUGUGCCACCUCCUGUUAAUACAUUUGCGGAGAUUGAUCUCGGAGAGGCUCUGAAUCUCAAUAUUCAGAGGUGCAAGUACGUGAAGCCGACCCCUGUGCAGCGUAACGCUAUUCCUAUAUUAGCUGCUGGGAGGGAUUUGAUGGCUUGUGCUCAGACAGGGUCUGGGAAGACGGCUGCGUUUUGCUUUCCGAUUAUUAGUGGGAUUAUGAAGGAGGAGGAGCAUGUUGAGAGACCGCGUGGUGUCUAUCCACUUGCUGUUAUUCUCUCACCAACUAGGGAGUUGGCUUGCCAGAUACAUGAUGAAGCGAGAAAGUUCUCAUAUCAGACUGGUGUGAAGGUUGUGGUUGCUUAUGGAGGAACACCAGUCAACCAACAGAUAAGGGAGCUUGAAAGGGGAGUCGAUAUUCUUGUUGCAACACCUGGGAGAUUAAAUGAUUUGCUUGAGAGAGGUAGAGUCUCACUACAGAUGGUGAAAUACUUAGCACUUGAUGAGGCGGACAGGAUGCUGGACAUGGGUUUUGAACCACAAAUCAGGAAGAUUGUUCAGCAGAUGGACAUGCCUCCUCCUGGUGUCCGGCAGACGAUGCUGUUCAGUGCUACAUUUCCUAGGGAGAUACAGAGACUUGCAUCUGAUUUUCUUUCAAAUUACAUAUUUCUGGCUGUUGGAAGAGUGGGGUCAAGUACGGAUUUGAUUGUCCAGAGAGUAGAGUUUGUCCACGGUUCUGACAAAAGAAGCCAUCUCGUGGACCUUCUUCAUGCUCAGAGGGAUAAUGGUAACCAAGGAAAGCAAGCUUUGACUCUAGUAUUUGUGGAGACAAAGAAGGGAGCUGACUCGUUGGAGAAUUGGUUGUGCAUUAAUGGAUUCCCAGCUACGACCAUCCACGGUGAUAGGUCACAACAGGAAAGAGAAGUGGCGCUGAGAUCAUUCAAAACCGGGCGGACACCUAUUCUGGUUGCAACAGACGUGGCUGCACGUGGGCUUGACAUUCCACACGUUGCUCAUGUGGUUAACUUUGAUCUGCCAAACGACAUCGACGACUACGUCCACCGUAUUGGACGAACAGGACGUGCAGGCAAUUCAGGGUUGGCAACUGCUUUCUUCAACGACAACAACACAUCAAUGGCCAAGCCACUCGCUGAGCUGAUGCAAGAAGCAAACCAGGAGGUCCCUGACUGGCUGAGUCGGUACGCAUCUCGUGCUUCAUUUGGAGGUGGUAAGAACCGGCGGUCUGGUGGGCGGUUUGGAGGCCGUGACUUCAGGAGAGAAUCUGGUGGCUAUGGAGGCGGUCCCGGUGGUGGCUAUGGAGGCGGACCCCGUGGUGGCUAUGGAGGCGGACCCGGCGGAGGUUAUGGAGGCGGUCCCGGUGGUGGCUAUGGAGCAAUGCAAGGUGGGUAUGGGACGGUUCCUGGUGGUUAUACUUAUAUACCUUAUGGUAGAGGAGGUGGUGCUUACUAUGGUGGAGGAUAUGGAACUGUUCCUAACCAAGGGUAUGGUCCUGGAGUGGCUAGUGCUUGGGACUAAGCUUGUCUAUUUCAAUUCUUCAAGAGGCGACUAGUUGUCUCUUAUUUAUCUCUAUUGUUUCACUAAUAGGGAGCAUCCAUGUUUAUCAUGUAGAAACCAGCGUUAGCUUGCUCACUGAAAGUAAAAAACUCCUAGUCUACUAUUAUUCUCACGAAUU